AUGGGCAACGCGCAGGGUAAAUCUAAACACGGCGCGAACGGCGCGGAGUCCAGGGCGAGACGAUCGCGCGAUGGACGAGGGCACGGACGCGAAUCCUCGAGGUCCAACGAGAGCGGGUUCGCGCGCGACGACGCGAACGAUGACGCGCGAGGGAGCGACGCGCUGUCGUACGGGCCGCAGACGCCGACGGUUCCCAUGGCUGGGGAGGACGGCGCUCGGGGGGGGUUUCCGGAUUGGGCGACGACGGAGCCGGCGCUCGUGCCGGUGGCGAUCAACUGGACUCAAGGCGGGAACAGCGUGGAGGUCGAGGGGAGCUUUGACAACUGGCAGUCGAGGCAGACGCUGCACAAGAGCGGGAACAGGGAGUUUGCGAUCGUGAUGUCGCUUAGACCGGGGGUGUACCAGUAUAAAUUCAUAGUGGAUGGACAGUGGAAGUACGCGCCCGAUCAGCCCACGAUGUACGACGAAAUGGGAAACGUGAACAAUGUGCUCGAGGUGCAGGAGUACGUGCCGGAGAUUUUGGAUAGCCUCGACGCGUUCACGGCUCCAGCCUCGCCGCCGGCGAGUUACGAUUGCUCACCGUUUCACUCCGACGAUUUCUCCAAGGAUCCGCCGCCGAUCCCGCCGCAGUUGAACAUGACUCUGUUAAACGUGCCCAUGGUGCCCGACGCGCCGAAUCUCCUUCCUAGACCGCAACACGUGGUGCUGAAUCACACGUAUUGCGACGGAACCAAGGCGGAUAGUGGGGUUCAGGUGCUCGGCACUACGCAUAGAUAUCGCUCGAAGUACAUCACGGUCGUCUACUUGAAAUCGAUGCCGCCGCAAUAG